AUGUCGUGGCUUUUCAGCUCCAGCAACGCUGCUGAAGAACCCACCACCGCCCCCGUCCAAACCUCCCAGACCCAGACCGAAAAGCCCAAGCCCUGUUGCGUAUGCAAACCCGAAAAAGCCGCUCGCGAUGACUGCAUGCUCUUCUCAAAGGGCGAGGAUCCGGCGCAGGAAUGCAAGUCGACGAUUGAUCAGUAUAAGACCUGCAUGGCGGGAUUUGGGUUUAAGAUCUAG